CAACGAUGAGCGUACGGAUUUAUCGGAUUUAACGUCGUGUACAAUAUUUGGAAUCUGUAAGAUAUUUUUAUAUUGUUUACAGCGACUGUUUAACAGGCCCAUCGUUGUUUCUCGUCAUCUUUGCGUUGUGAACUAGCAAAUCGAUUUUAAACUUAACAACUUAGCAACGUUAGCUAACGUCACGCAGCUAAACACUUUAACGUUCAAGCAUUUUAAAGUGUAUGACACAUUAAACGGUUGCAAGAUGAUUGAUUUUUCGGAGUAUAUUCUGUUUUCCGGACGAAAAGAAGAUUAAAGUGAUAAACUAGGUGCAGAUGACAAGGGAGAUACGGGGAAGUUGUCUGAUUACUUAUUACAUUUUCGACUUGUUUUGUUGUUGAGCAAAACAUUCGUUUCAACACAAAUGACAAUUCACACGUUAAGGUCGACAUAUGUUUUUUAGUUCAUUGUUAAUAGACAUGUUAUUUUAGUUUUUUAUUAUGAUUAUUUUAAGCUGCAACGUAAACAAUGCAGUUUAAUACCUUUAACAUUAAUUAUUUUUUAUACAAAUCAUAAUGCAGGAUUCAAUCCCACCUUCCCCUAUUAAACCAGCAGUGGCCCCAUCAGUUGAACUGGGUGUCACCGUUUUCUACACCCUUAUUUAUGGGAGUCUGUUUGUAGUUGUAUACAUCCAGCUUUGGUUACUUUUACUCUAUCGACACAAGAGAUGGAGCUAUCAGAGCGUUUUUCUUUUCCUCUGCCUGUUCUGGGCAGGCCUCCGUGCGACCCUCUUUUCAUUUUAUUUUCGUGAUGCCCUUGCGGCCAACCACCUGCCCACUCCGGCCUACUGGCUUCUCUAUUGUUUCCCUGUAUGUUUGCAGUUUUUCACUUUAAGCCUUUUCAACCUCUACUUCACUCAGGAAUUGCUUAAAGUGAGAAGCUUAUUCGACAUGGAGCCCAGUAAAGGACUAUUGGUGGCUCGCUGUUUGUACGUAUCCAUGAGUGUCAUUUUCCUGUGUGUCAACGUCGUUUGUGCGAGCAUGGAGGAUCGUGUCGGUUCGGGUGAUGAAGCGUGGAAUCUGGUGCUGGUUCGGGUGCUGGUGAAUGACCUUCUGUUUAUUUUGGAAGCUGUUUGCCUGGCUGCAUCUCUACUCCUGUUAACACGAUUCUCCUCCCCCACUUUGGCUUAUCUAAGCCGAAAGGGCCUUUGCCGGACCGCUGUUCUGGGGGCAGGUGUGAUCCUACUCUUCUCUAGCAGGGCAUGCUACAACCUGGCUGUAGUGUUUUUGUCACAGAAUCAUAAAGUAGAGGCUUUUGAUUAUGACUGGUACAACAUCUCUGAUCAGGCUGAUCUUCGCAGUGAACUUGGAGAUAGAGGCUACAUUAUCUUCGGAGCUGUGCUUUUCAUUUGGGAGCUGCUACCCACCACAUUACUUAUUAUUAUCUUCAGAGUUCGCCAGCCUUCUCGAGAAAAGAACUGUACACCGGCUAUUUGCAACAAGUGUAACUCUCAGUCUUAUUUCUUUGAUGAUCCUCGCGGAAUGGAUGGUGACAGCGAUUCUCUAUGGAGUCACAGCAUAAAUCCAAAUAGCAGUUGGUUUGGAUCUAGUGAGACGACCCCACUCCUCUUCAACAGGACUGAGCAGGGCAACCAGCAUCACUCUCUUUACUCAACUCCACAGACCUGACCCACAGCUCAAAGCUGUAGAGAUGUGACUGAUUCUCUCAGGCAUUACCUCCUCCUGUUGAGUAGCUCAAUAGGUAUUCUUGCACUAAUGUUAGAAGCACCUGAACUUCUGAAAUUGCACAUUGACUUUGUAAAGCUGACCACAAAGAGACUGAAUGCUCAUCAUAAAAGAUAAUCUUUUAACAUUUUUUUUAAUUAUUGAUAGGUGAAUUGUCACCACAUUUAUGAUUUAUUAUAUCGUAUUUUAUAAUGUAUUAAUUACAUUUUCAGAUAGGAAUUGUGUUCGGGAUAAUGACAUUCCACUUUAAAUGGUGUUUAAAGGGAUCAGUAAUUUUUGGUAUUAAUUUUGUGCUGAUAUUUUGGAUAUAUUUUAAUAAUAAAUUCAAUAACUAAAUGUAAUUUGCUUAUAUAUUUAUGGGAUUCUCACUGGACUAUUUUGCCAUCAAAAAAACAAACGUAGUCAGAAAGCAAAUUCUCCAUUACAUUUAUGUCAAAUUAAUAAAGCUGAUGUAACCUGGGGCACCGUGACUGUUCAUCACUGUUUUUGAGGUUAAACAGAUGUCAAUCUAUUCCGAAUAUUUCUCGUACAGUUUAUUUGCAGUAUGUACAGAUCCUCCCAAUAAAACACUUUAUACAUUA